CCUCUUCCCCCUCUCCCUCCUUCCUCAACCACGUCGCCGACGACCACCACCACCCACCAAAUCACGCAUCUCCCCACUCCAUUGCCACCGCCUCACGCUUCUACCCCUCUAGAACCUUCCAGAACAAUCCAGUAUCCCCUCUCCUCGCCUCCUCGAGAUCGCGCGGAGAGGGAGGCGGCGUCGUCGCUUGAUCUGUCAGGAGGAGGAGGAGGAGGAGGGUAGUGUGAAAUCGGGGGAUAUGGUGGUGGCGGCGGCGGCGAGGCCGCAGACGGCGGAGGCGCUGUCGAAGCGGGCGAGCAUGCUGCGGGACUCGCUGCAGAGGAGCCAGGGGAACACGGACGGGAUGGUCACCAUCCUCGGAUCCUUCGACCACCGCCUCUCCGCGCUCGAGGCCGCCAUGCGCCCCACCCAGGUGAGGACGCACGCGAUCCGGAUGGCGCACGAGAACAUCGACAAGACGAUCAAGGCCGCCGAUGGCAUCCUCUCCCAGUUCGACCUUGCGCGCCGGGCUGAGGCAGCGGUAUUGAAGGGUCCUCAUGAGGAUUUAGAGAGCUACCUGGAGGCAGUGGAUCUGCUCAAAGGCAUCGUUCGCUUCUUUUCCACAAACAAGAACUUCAAGAGCAGUGAAGGAGUUCUGAAUCAUGUCAACAACCUGUUGGCUAAGUCUGCUCUGAAAAUUGAAGAGGAAUUUAGGCAGCUGAUGACUACGUACAGCAAACCUAUUGAGCCUGAUCGUCUCUUUGAUUGUCUUCCCAAGUCUCUGCGGCCAACAAAAGAUGAUCCUGACGCUGAUCCAGGGAAUGCUGGCCACUCUGAGCAUCCAUCCAAAAGCUUGGAGACUGCAGUAUACCGGACACCAACACUAAUUCCUCCAAGAAUCCUGCCUCUCAUGAAUGACAUCGCUCAGCAGCUCAUUCAGGCUGGAAAUCAGCAGUCAUGCUAUAAAAUUUACAGAGAUACCCGUGGAUCUGCACUAGAAUCGAGCCUUCGGAAAUUAGGAGUAGAGAAGCUUAGUAAAGAGGAUGUACAGAAGAUGCAGUGGGAAGCUUUGGAGGCUAAAAUUGGAAACUGGAUCCAUUUUAUGCGAAUUGCGGUCAAACUACUACUAGCAGGUGAAAGAAAAAUCUGUGACCAGAUUUUUGAUGGUGUCAACUUUAACAAGGAUCAAUGUUUUGCUGAACUGACAGCAAAUAGUGUCGUGACUCUUCUAAGCUUUGGAGAUGCCGUUGCUAAAAGCAAAAGGUCUCCUGAAAAGUUGUUUGUAUUGCUAGACAUGUACGAAGUAAUGCAUGAACUUCAACCCGAGAUUGAGGUGAUUUUCGAAGGAAAAUCAUGCUCUGAGAUGCGGGAGGCUUCAUUGGGCUUGGCUAAGCGCUUGGCUCAGACUGCUCAAGAAACCUUUGCUGAUUUUGAGGAGGCUGUUGAAAAGGAUGCUUCGAAGACUAUUGUUAAUGAUGGAACUGUGCAUCCUUUGACUAGCUAUGUGAUUAAUUAUGUUAAAUUCUUAUUUGAUUACCAAUCGACACUGAAGCUACUAUUUCAGGAAUUUGAAACUGGUAGUGAGACAGAAUCUCAACUUGCUGUUGUUACCAUGAGGAUAAUGCAAGCCCUACAAAAUAACUUGGAUGGAAAAUCUAAACAGUACAGGGAUCCUGCAUUGACCUACUUAUUUCUGAUGAAUAACAUUCAUUAUAUGGUCAGAUCUGUUCGUAGAUCAGAAGCAAAGGAUAUACUUGGUGAUGACUGGAUUCAGAGGCACCGUAGAAUUGUGCAGCAAAAUGCCAAUCAGUAUAAACGUGUUGCUUGGGCAAAGAUUCUCCAGACUCUUUCCAUACAAGGUGCGGGCAGCACUGGUUCAUCAGAUCUUAGCAGCAGUGGGGUUUCAAGAGCUAUGAUCAAAGAACGGUUUAAAUCUUUCAACAUGCAAUUCGAAGAGCUCCAUGCAAAGCAAUCUCAGUGGAUUGUACCUGAUCAGGAAUUGCGUGAAUCCUUGAGGCUUGCGGUAGCUGAGGUUCUGUUACCAGCCUAUCGGUCGUUUGUCAAACGUUUCGGUAACCUUGUUGAGAAUGGCAAGAACCCGCACAAAUACGUGAGGUACAGCCCAGAGAUGGUGGAGCAGCUGUUGGGGGAAUUCUUCGAAGGACAGCAAUGGGGGGAGCAGAAGCGCUGAGCAGUGAACACUGUCCAUGAGCGACAGCACGAGCUCUACCAGUAAGUUGAAGUUGUACAUCAGCACGACUUGCAAAGAUUUCUUUCCCGGACAAGCAACUAACGAUUCUUUGCGUUAUAACGUAUUGUCAUACCGAUGCGCUACCGAUGUAUAUAUAUAUAAUAGUAACUUCAGUUUGCCUCAGUGCUGAAUGCCAAACACGGCAACAGGUGAAGAGGCGUGUAUCUCUCUCUGUUCUCACAACACACCGAUGUUAUUAUUGUUUUGUUUUUUUCC